AUGUCUGUUCUCAUAGCCACUGGCCAGCUGAAGAUAGACACCACUAGCUCCUCCAGAAAGGAGCUGGUGGGCAGUGCCCCUCCACAGAGGAACUGGAAGGGGAUAGUCAUCGCCCUGCUGGUCAUCUGCAUCAUCUUGUCUCUGAUCGUCACCUCUGUCAUCGUGCUCACCCCAAUUGCAGAUGAUAGCCUUGCCAACAAAAAGAAAGUCACCAUCGAGGACAUCUUCGGAGGAGACCUUCAUGUGCAUGACCCCGAUGCUACAUGGCUCAGCGACAAUGUACUGCUGUAUCGAACACAGGAAGGGGAUGUGGUCAAACUCAACGUUGAAACACAGGAGAGGGUCGUUUUGGUGGAGAACAGGAAGUUUGAAAUGUAUAAAGCCACCAAGUACCAAAUAUCUCCAGACCUGGAACAUGUGUUGUUGGCCUACAAUGUGGCCCCAGUCUACCAGCACUCCUACAUGGCAUUCUACAUCAUCUGUAAGUAUGUGUUGUAUCUCCACAGGGAAACGUUGAGUCUGAAUCCUCCUGAGGUACGGAACGCCCUCCUGCAGUAUGCUGGAUGGGGACCCAAGGGCCAACAGUUGAUCUUUAUCUUUGAGAACAACAUCUACUACAGAGCGACAGUGGAGAGCAGAACCAUUCGCCUGGUGUCCACAGGGAAGGAGCGAGUCAUCUUCAACGGCCUGAGUGACUGGCUGUAUGAGGAGGAAAUACUGCAGACCCACAUAGCCCAUUGGUGGUCUCCAGACGGUCUCAGACUGGCCUAUGCCACCAUCAACGACACCCUGGUGCGCAAGAUGGAGGUACCCAUCUUCACUGGCGCCCUGUAUCCAACAGGGCUGGAGUAUCACUACCCUAAGGCCGGGGAGGACAACCCUGUAGUACACCUGUCUGUGGUGAGUCUGAACGGACCCCUUCACACGGUGGAGAUGAAGAAGCCAGACGACCCCAGGAUAGGAGAAUAUUACAUCACAAUGGUAAAGUGGGCCACCAGCACCAAGCUGGCAGUCAACUGGCUGAACAGAGCUCAGAACAACUCCAUACUGACACUGUGUGAGGCCACCACAGGAGUCUGCACCAAGAAACAUGAGGAUGAAAGUGAGGGCUGGCUACACAGACAGAACGAAGAGCCACUCUUCUCCCAUGACGGAUACAAGUUCUUCUUCACUAGAGCUAUUCCUCAGGGUGGAAGGGGAAAGUUCUUCCAUAUCUCCAUGUCCACCUCCCAGCCAAACACCAGCACAGACACUCUGCAGUCCCUGACAUCAGGAGACUGGGACGUCACUCAGAUACUGGCCUACAGCCAAGACAGGCAGCUCAUAUACUUUUUGAGCACAGAGGAUGAUCCAAAACGACGACACCUCUACAGUGCGGACACCAAUGGCCCAUUUAAUCGCUGCUGUCUGUCGUGUGAGUUCAAGUGUGGCUAUGUGGACGGCUCCUUCAGCCACAACAUGCAGUACUUCCUGCUCAACUGUAAAGGCCCUGAUGUACCCAGUGCUGCCAUCUACAGUACCAAAGACAAACAGAAGGUCCUGGACCUGGAGACUAACGAGGGAGUGAAUAACACGUACCACAGCAUGCAGAUGCCCAAAGUGGAGUACGAGACCAUCACCAUAGACGAUUACACUCUGACAAUGCAGAUCCUGAAGCCAGCUGGUUUCAUAGACACAGCUCACUACCCCCUACUGCUACUAGUGGACGGAACACCUGGCGGACAGAUGGUGACAGAGCAGUUCCAUGUGGACUGGGCCACGGUGCUGGUGAGCAGUUACAGCACCAUUGUGAUCCGCUUCGAUGGCCACGGGUCCGGGUUCCAGGGCACCAAGCUCCUCCACCACAUCAGGAGGAAACUGGGUAUGAUCGAGGAGAGGGACCAGAUGGAGGCCCUCAGACUGAUAUCCAAAGAAAUGUACAUCGACAAAAGUCGAAUUGGAGUAUAUGGAAAGGUUUACGGAGGAUAUUUGGCCACAAUGCUUUUAAGUUCUGAUGACUCCCUGCUUAAAUGUGGAGCCGCCGUCUCGCCCAUCACAGAUUUUGAGUUAUACGCUUCAGCAUUUUCAGAGAGGUACCUUGGAUCACCAAAGACAGACUCUCGAAUAUACUCGAUGGCAAGUUUAGCACACCGGGCAGGUCGUCUCAUGGACAGGAAGUACAUGAUUAUCCAUCCAACUGCUGAUGAGAAAGUCCAUUUCCAGCACUCUGCAAAAUUCAUCAAUCAUUUGAUCAACGAGAAGGCAAAUUACUCUUUACAGAUCUACCCAGACGAGGGACACUUCCUGCAUAGCGAUGGCACUCGGCAACACCUGAGCCAAUCACUGGUCAACUUCUUUGAGGAGUGUUUCCGACUGCCGGACUUACCGAGCGAGGAAGAGAAGGACAAGGAGGAUGAGGGCGAUGGUUAA